UCACCUUACUCUCGCCACCUUGUCAGCAGCAGGUGGCGCCCGCUCCCAGCAGUAACAACAACGGGUCCAGUUAACGGGACUCCGGUUUCUCCAGACGCCAUGCACCGACUGCUGUUCGUGUUUCUAGCCGCUGCCGGGGCCUCGGUUCUCGGCCUCCCUGGGCUGAACGCGUCGGCGGGAGCCGGGCCCUGCCUCGCCCCGCUGCAGUGGGAGGGCAGGUGGGUGCUGUACGACCACAGCACCGGGAGGAACAGCCGCGCCGCCGUCUCCUACGACGGCCUGAACCAGAGGAUCCGAGUCCUGCAGCAGCACAAGAAACACACCCCGUGUCAGAAGUUUUUCGAGUACAUCUACUUGUACCAGAGCAUGGUGAUGUUCCAGAUCGACCAGAAGACCAAGGACUGCUCAAAGAUUGCUCUUACGGACACCUGGGAUCCCUUCGACAUCCCCGACAACUCCACCUUUGAGGACCAGUACUUCAUCGGAGGCCCUGGGGACAACGUGGAGGUUCAGGAGUGGUCGGACAGGAAGCCGGCACGCCAACAUGAGACCUGGGUUGGCGUUUACACCAUGAAGGACUGCUACCCGGUGCAGGAGACCUACACCAGGAACAGCAGCGUCACCACGUCCACCCGCUUCUUCAACCUGCAGCUGGGCAUCAGCGACCCCGACGUCUUCACCCCGCCCGGCACCUGCCAAUCGGCUCGGCCCGAGAGGAUGCCCGAGUCCGACUGCUGAGGCCCCGCCAGCCACCUCUGACCUUAGAUACUUGACCGCAUUCUGAGGCUGAGACUAAAAUCACUCCCUCCAUUACUGAUUCUCUGUAGAUACGUAGAAGUUGACUCUGUAGUGAGCAGAAGAUCAAGAUUUCAAACAUUUACAAACCUUCGUCAUCGUGCGUCAUCACUUAAGACGUGUAUUGUUAUGUGAUGAUGAAGUUUUGCAACUAUAAAAUCCGACAAGUUACAUUUUAGGAUUGUUUGCAUAAACACUAAGUAGUAAACAAUGCAAACAUUUCACACUUAUAAUUCAGACACUCAAUAAAAUCACACAGGGUAAACUGAGUGCACUAUAUGGUGAAAAGGGAGAGAUUUCAGACACAGCUUUUGCUAGUGUUUUAUAGAAUUGUUUGUUAAUUUGCUGCUAAUUUGCUAAAAGUGUUGUCAGUGAUUCCUUCUAAUAAUAGUACCAACUAGUUACAAAUAAUAAUAUUAACCCCUGAGCUACCAAGCUAUCUUACAGUGAACAGUUAGGUUUUAGUGAAGUAUUCUGACUACAUGCUAACAAGCCUCAGCUAAUUUCUUAGCUCAGGACAGGCGGUUUGAUAAAUCCAAAUAUUCCUUCAAAUCAUCUAAUGAAGUGCCUCAUAAACAUGAGUGUCUAUGAAGUCAAAAUCACAGCUGGUAUGGUUUGUGGUUUAUUUGAGAUCUAGUCCUAUUUUCUAAGACAUGCAGUGAUCUGUUUGAGCUGUAAUAAAUGGGUUUCCAUAAUUAUAAACAAUUGGGGUAGAAACUCAUUUCAAAAAUGUCAUGAUAGCUUAUGUUUUAGUAUUUGAGCAAUUUACCGCACUGCACGCUGAUGGACAUCUGUUGGUUUUGGCUAGCUAAUAUGUUACAUUAGCAUAUACUGUAUGACUUUCCUGCUGCUUGGCCUCUGCACAAGUUACAAAGCACAGACCUUCAUUUUGGAUAUUAUAUUUCUAAGAGAAGCAUGUAGAGUUGUGAUGAGUUGUGAAGUGUGAGCAGCUCCUGGUUCAGAAGUAAAGGUGCCAAAAGUUGAAGGCACAAGCUUGUAUACGGAACAUUUUCAAUAGAGUAAUUAACUAAAACUCACAAGGUGCAUUCCGGUAACUAUUCUGCCAUGCCAAAAUGAACUGCUGUCCAUAACAUAAACCUGUGGGGUUGUUACGUUAUCCAGCCAGGCCUCUGCACCUCUAUCAGCUGUCACUGUGAUCGGUCCAACUUCACAUACUUGGUCCUACAAUAAAGAAGUCAUGGCAUUUUAUUGACUUUCUUAACAGAGGAUGUCAAACCUGAUCAAACACCCACAAAAGGCAGAUCACACAACAAGCCUGCUCGCACAUUGUAGGUGUGGAAAUCUGUAGGAAGGAGACACACACUGGAUUAAAAAAAUCUCUCAGCCUUCAUGAAUUUAUUGCAUCAUUACGGGUAAAACUGCUGCACUAUUUACAUUAUAUGAAUACUGUAUGAAGACCUGUAUCUUAAUUUUAACGGCUACAUGUAAAACUGCAUGGGAAUAAACACAAGAUAAUCAGA